UCGAGUGCACUCGAGCACGUGUACCAAUAUUAUCCUUGGUGAUCAAAUUAGAUGAAGCAUGAGGUACGGUUUUUGCGGUCAAUUCUGAAAUACGUUUUACUUCCUCAUUUAAUUUUGAUAGAUAUUUAUAAGUAUGUUCGAAGUAAUUGUGAAAUGAUUUUAGCAAGGAAGCUCUCUUUACUCAACGUAAACGAACUCAUAAAGAAAUAGAUGUUGCCAUUGUGAUCAAAUAAAAAGAAACCCGUUUAAACAAUAAAACUUUCCAAGUUAUUUGUCCCCAUCAUCAAAAUGACACUUUCACCGUGCUUCAUAAAACUUGGAACAAUCAUACAAAAUGUUGAAAAAAAAAAAAAAAAAAGGAAAAAGAAGCUUCCAGGCUGAUACCUAGCGAUUAGUGGCGGUUACAAAAAUAAUUCGAAAUAAUGGUAUAUUCCGGUCACGGCGAGCCGAAGAGGAUUACGGGCGCGUCGCGGAGGCGAUCUGUUUUCCAGAUUUCCAUCGAGCGUGAGGAAAAGAGCGUGGCGGGCAGCGGAACAGGAGGUGGAGAAAGUGCACGGCGGAGCAGGAGGUGUGAGAGGUGCGGAAGGAAGGAUAUUGAUCGGGCGGGUUAGGGAGUGCGCGCAUGGGAGAUAUCCUCUCUGUCCCACCCUGCCUGCAUCCACCUCUGAGUGGGCAACGACGGAGGAGCGUGUCCGUCGUGUCAGUUCGUACUUUAAGAUCCACACUGCGCCACAAUCGAAGGGGUUGCACGGGCACGAAAGAGUGCCGCGGGCGAAUCAAGGUAGAUAGCUGGGUGCCUCUGCGGCAAGGGUGUGCCGACGACGCUUUGUCCGAUAUACCCGAUCAGAGGACGUCGAACUACGCCGGCCCUCGCGCUCGUGAACCGGUCGACGUAGCAGGAAAUAGACGGGACUGCCGGUGGUUUUUCACGAAGCCCAAGCGGUCAUCUAUGUGAGAACUAGUCGGGAAUAAUAGGCGCGUUCUGCCUAUUUGUCCAUCGCGAGCGUCGAUGUGCUUUAUCAGCGUUGUACGGGGAGCAGACGGACGCACGGGACAUCAUCGUAACCGACGACACAAUAUUUUCCCCCCAUUCGUUCACCUAACGAGCAUCGAUCUCACGCGUUGACCGCACUAAACAAAAAGCACAAAAACGAGGCGGAACCAUGGCGAAUUGGCAUUGGGGUUGCGAGGACGCGGAGGAUUCCUCCAGCGAAACGGAGGAGCAGAAGUCGGAGAUUGAUAAGCAGUGGCUUGGUGAUAUCCUAAGGGACUUUCACAGAGAAUCGGUCACGAUAAUCGACAGUAAGGUUUACUCGAGCUGUUUGAGAAACGUCUUGACUGCCUUGAGCACUAUAAGUAGAGUUAAAGUCACGUACGUGUUGGAGGAUUCGAAUACCACGAAGGAUCUGUCUCUGAUCGUGAAAGAGCUACCGAAAGAUGGGUGCAGUCGUCUCUUCGUUAUCACUGGCCAGUUCGACCUGCGGGAAAUCAAAUUCUACACACAGGUCAUGCCCGACUUGAAGGAAUUCCAAAAGAAACAACUAGCGUUAGAGGAAAACAGAUCGGGCGAUGAAAUACCCCUGUCGGUACCUGUGUGCUACCACGCGCAGUAUACCCCAGCGGAGGAGUCAGACUGCUUCCUCACAACAUGUGAUUCCAUUCUGGUGCUACAGGAUCUUCACGACUCGGACUUUUGGAACAUUCAAUUUCGCAAAGGAAUGUCGUACGAUCAGACAAAAGUCGCGUUGGAGGCCAUCGCGCGUAUACACGCGCACUCAUUGGCGAUGAAAGUCAUCGAGGGUCAGUCACUGUCCGAACGUUAUCCGUUCCUCUUUCAAACAGCCAAGGCGACGGACUCGUACCAACACUUAGUAGAGCGUGGUUUGCCGCAACUCGCGGAAUUUUUGGAAAACACCGGACUAGAGGCAAUACUAGAGACUCUGCUCGUGUUACGACCUAAGACUAAGCACAUAAUAUCAGCGCUUCUCGCGCCAGAAGGACCGCUCACACUGAUCACGCACACAGACUUCUGGUGCAACAAUGUGCUCUUCAAAGACGGUCCCAACGGUCUCGAGUGUUGCAUUCUUGAUUGGCAGAUGGUUACCUAUAGCAGACCGACCAACGACAUCGCUCUGUUGAUAGUAAGUUCGUUGCCGACCAAACUGCGUCGAGAGCACACGGAAACCUUCCUCGACGUCUAUUGGAACACCCUUAUCAGCACGUGCUUACGCCUCGGUGUCGACAUACCCAAGGACUUGGGCUACACGAGGGAAGACUUGAGCAAAGAUUACAGGCGAUCGCAGCUUCUAGCGCUUCUACUUUGCAUCGGAUCGGUGGACGUUGCCUUGGGCGAUCCCGACACCGAACAACGACUAAUCGACGUCCUCAAGGACCUCCACAACGAGGGUGUGUUCACCGACGAGACUGUCACCGCGGCCAGCGAAAGCGAUUCUUAGUCACCGUGAUCACCGCUCAUCAUAGUGCCGCAGUGAAUUAAUACUUCAAAGGAGCAACCGGUAACUGGUAACCGACUUGAACCGGUCAGCGAUCAACCGUGGACACUGAAAUCGCAAUCCAACGUGAUACAAUUCGCGAGCAAAGAGCUUGUGCCGAUAUCGGUGUAAUUGCGGGUAGCUAAAGAAAUUCAAGUCACGUUAAAUGUGCCACUACCAUGGGAAAGCAUAGAGCCGAUAGAUUUUUGUGUUCGAAAAUGUUUGCCAACGAAGAAAGUAUUAACGAACAUCCGUAGAAAGUUGCGUUGUCGAUAUACAUUUUAAGAUAAACAUUUCGUUUGCUAUACGCGAUAUUUACACGUCAGCGUAACGCAAGCAAGCAGAACGUCGAUAAAUAUAAUACGGGGUUAUGAUAUCGAUAAUGACUCGAGAGCUAAACGAAUGCUAAUGGCGCUUGCGCUAUAAAAUAAUUUAGAUCUACGGUAAUACUUUUAUGCCAAUUAAGCGCAACAAUCGUUCGAUUCGAAGUUAUUUCUCCGACUACAUUUCUUCCCGCAAUUAUUGUAACGGCUAUAAGACCGACAUUCUGUUAUCGCUAAUUUACAUACGCAAUAAUUGUAUUAUUCUUUUUCUUUGUACAAACUAUAUAAAUAAAAUAUACCUUGAUGUUGUCAUGAA